GCGUCAGUAAGGAGGAUGCGCGUGUUCACUGGCGCGUGACUGGAAAGAUGCAGCGCGCAGUGUCAACCCUGGUUCGAGACUGCGCGGUCGCGCGAGCCGCAGGAGCGCGUUUGGUGAUGCGCGCCGAGUACGCGCCCGCGAUUCAGCCUGCAGCGUAUUCUGAAGACGCUGGGAGAAGAACACUGACAUUUGAUUUGAUUAUUUGGACCUAAUUUUCUAAUCCAAUCUUAAAACAACAAAAUCUAAACUUUUCUUUUGCCGAAAUGCUUUUUCUCUGAUGAUUUAUGGAUCAUGGAUCCUCUCUUCAUCACUUCGCAAAACUCGAGCGGCAACGGGACCAACGGCUCACUGGUGAAUGACACAGACGUGUUCUCGAACCAGUUCGUUCAGCCGGUUUGGCAGAUAGUUUUGUGGGCCAUCGCAUACUGCUGUAUAGUUCUGGUGUCAGUUGUUGGAAAUAUCACUGUCAUCUGGAUCAUUUUAGCGCAUAAGCGCAUGAGAACUGUCACCAACUCUUUUCUGGUCAAUCUUGCGUUCGCAGAGGCGUCUAUGUCGGCUUUCAAUACCGUUAUUAACUUUGUGUAUGCAGUACACAACGAAUGGUACUUCGGACUUGUUUACUGCAGAUUUCACAACUUCUUUCCAAUAGCAGCUGUAUUCGCAAGUAUUUACUCAAUGACGGCAAUAGCCCUGGACAGGUACAUGGCUAUCAUCCACCCACUCCAGCAGCGCCUGUCAUCCACUGAGACCAAGUUGGUGGUGGGGGUGAUCUGGGCCCUGGCGCUGCUCCUGGCUUUCCCCCAGUACUAUUUUUCCAGCACUGCUCAGCUGCCCGGACGUGUCGUGUGCUAUAUCAACUGGCCGGAGUACAGCGUGUGGGAUUUUCAAAAGACGUAUUACGUCUGCGUGGUUGUGCUUAUUUACUUUCUACCUUUGCUCAUCAUGGGUUGUGCUUACCUGGUGGUGGGAUGCACUCUCUGGGCCAGUGAGAUACCUGGAGACUCUUCAGACCGCUAUCGAGAGCAGCUAACCGCCAAACGGAAGGUGGUGAAGAUGAUGAUCGUCGUUGUGUGCACCUUUGCCAUCUGCUGGCUGCCCUACCAUGUCUACUUCCUGGUGCACCAGUUCCUUCCUCACUUGUUUGAGGAACCCUACAUCCAGCAGGUGUACUUAGGAAUCAUGUGGCUUGCCAUGAGCUCCACCAUGUACAAUCCCAUGAUCUACUGUCUUCUCAAUGACAGGUUUCGAGCUGGUUUCCAACAGGCAUUCUUCUGGUGUCCUUGUGUCCCUCGAGGCUCUUAUGAAGGUCUGGAGCUCAAGUCAACCCGCUAUCUUCAGACACAGGCCAGCAUUUACCGCACCAGCCGAAUGGAGACCACAGUAUCCACAGUCAUGCCGGUUGGCGAGGGGGACCUUCAGGAGAACACAAAUCGAAGUUCCAUAGAUCUCACGUCCAAUGGUUCUUCACAAAGCGCAUCAAAGACUGUAUCGGAGUCCUCCAUCUUCUAUUCUAGUAACAACCUAGCAUAAUGUAGGAAAUUUUUUCAGUGUUAUAGUACCAAUCCUGUGAGGAGAAGUUCAUGUUCCAGGGAAUGAUGUGAUGUGAUGUACAACAAACCAAAAGAGGUUUUUAGGUUUUCUUGGGGAAGGAAGGCUAAUGUGUGGAAACAUCGUAGUAUAUUGGUCAAUAUAUCAUCUGAACAGCAUUGUCAUAGUCUAUGGAGGAUUCAUAUUGUCUUGAGUUUUACUACUCAAGACAGCUGGCUGAUUAUCCCCAUAAGAGUUCACCCAACAACUUAGCCAAUCGCCAUUUGCUCCAGGAGUCCAGGACCCAGUGGGUUUGUUUAGGAAAGCUUGACCAGCUGAUGCCCUUGGAAACGAUCUGUUCGUCAUUACUGUCGGUUGUUGAUGAUACGAUAGCCAGCAUGACGACGUGGAAGGGUUUGCACCUGUUGUUGCAUAUUACUGGACCAUGUAGGCGACAAUGUAAAGGAUUUGUCUGGAAGGCAGAGGGUCAUGUUAAAUAUAGCACAGAGAGAGAAAAUAAAACGGAAUUUGUACUGCCA